GAAAGCAUAAAAAAGUUCAACGCCGAUUCCGAAGAUGUCCCUCUACAUUCGGCUCGCCUCGCCGCUGCUUCGAAGCGCCCAAAGCUACUCAAACUUUGCCCUCAAGAACCUGGCCCCGUGCCGGUCAUUCCUCACAGGUCGCAGCCCCAGCUUGCUGCAAAAUGUCCAAAAGACUAACGCCCUCCGGUGCGCCCUAACCCGGUACUGCACAAAGCCGGACCCAGUGGAGAAGGGCCGCAAAGCUGUCGGUUACUGGCUGCUCGGAUGUUCCGGGAUGGUGUUCGUGGCGGUCGUUCUAGGUGGAGUGACGCGCCUAACCGAGUCCGGUCUGUCGAUGGUCACGUGGAAGUUGCUGGGCGAGCAGAUGCCCCGGACGCAGCAGGAGUGGCAGGACGAGUUCGAGCGGUACCAGCAGUUUCCCGAGUUUAAGAUCAAAAACAAAGACAUCACGCUGAGCGAGUUCAAGAUGAUCUGGUUUAUGGAGUACGGCCACCGAAUGUGGGGUCGUCUGAUCGGCGCCUUCUACGCCCUUCCGGCGGCCUACUUUUGGUCUCGCGGCUACUUCAAUCGAGGCAUGAAGAUCCGAACGCUGGCGUUUGGCGCCCUCAUCGGCUGCCAGGGCCUUAUGGGUUGGUACAUGGUCAAAUCGGGCCUGGAGGACCGGUUCCAACAGGAGAGUGACGUCCCGCGCGUUUCCCAGUACCGGUUGGCCUCCCACCUCGGGUUCGCCUUCGUACUGUACUCGCUGUUCCUGUGGUCCGCGUUGGACAAGCUGCUUCCCGCCCAGAAACUGCUCGGCCAAAUUCCGGCCGCCACGCUCAAGUUCAAAGGGUUGGCGCACGCCACCAAGGCGGCCGUCUUCAUCACGGCCAUGUCCGGAGCGUUCGUGGCCGGACUGGACGCCGGUCUCAUUUACAACUCUUUUCCCAAAAUGGCCGACCGGUGGAUCCCCAGCGAUAUCCUGGCGCUUUCUCCGACACUCCGAAACUUUACCGAAAACCCGACCACGGUUCAGUUCGACCAUCGCGUGCUCGGAACGGCCACGCUGACGCUCAUCACUGGGAUGUUUGUGCUUUCGCGCAGACGAAUGCUGCCGCCGAGAGCGUACACGGCGGCAGCCGCAGUGGCCACCGUCGGCUGGAUGCAGGUCCUGUUGGGCAUAACGACGCUGCUGACGUACGUGCCGGUGCCGCUGGCCGCCAGCCACCAGUCCGGUUCGCUGCUGCUACUCUCGAUGGCCAUCUGGUUGACGCACGAGAUGAAGCUGGUGCGACGGUUGCCCAAGUAGGCGGGUGGAAGUUGAUGCAU